GUCGCUGUAGGCGUAGCUAAGGUAAACGACGGACGACUGCAUUCCAGGCUAGAAGAAAAUGUUCAAAUCUAAAGUGUUGGUUUUAGGUCCCUGUGAGAGUGGCAAGAGUGCAAUAGCUAACUACUUAGCAGAUGCUACAGAGAAUAUUGGAGGGGAGUACCGACCGACACAAGGUGUAAGAAUUCUUGAAUAUGAAGCCAAUAACUUGACAGUAGGGAGCAAGAAAGUCAGUGCAGAGGUAGAGCUGUGGGAUGUCAGUGGUGAUAAAAAGUUUGAAAGUUGCUGGCCAGCUAUUGCAAAAGAUGCAAAUGGGAUAGUGUUUGUGUAUAACCCAGAUCAGGCAAAUCAUGAUAAGGACCUAGAAAUGUGGUAUACACAUUUUGUAAGUGUCCCUGGUUUGCGAGACACUCAAUGCUUACUGUUUGCACACAAAAAAGGAUCCUCCUCUGGUUUUUUGGGCCAGAGUGGAGGGACAGGACCACCCCAGGCAUUUAGCAAAAUCAGUGUUGUCAACACCAACCUUGAUGAUGAUGGAGAGAAUGUACGUACGGAAUUUGAAAAGUUUUUGUCUGGACUUCUCAAUGCAAUGCAUGACAGCCGAGACAAGGAAGAACUCAGCAUUAUGAAUAGUAAAUAAUGUAGUCUGGAUGGAAAUAAGACGACCCAUUUCUUACUGGUACCAGUGGGUUUGGCAUCAGCUAGACAUUCAUAAGAAAUGGUUGUCACCUGUGUAAUGUACUAGCAUCAGGUGUCACCCUGUACUACUGUACCCAUUUGAAUCUACUAGGUGACAGAUUGGAAAUCUCAGUCAGUCUUUUUUAUAAUCUGCUACAUGUGUAAUGGCUAAUAAGGGCAACACUUGUAGGUGAUAUUCAAGGAGGAAACCACCAAGAGACUGUCAGUUGGCAAAGUUUUACUUACAUGUAUUGUAACAUAACAAUCUUUAUGUUAUGGAAUAAUUUAUUAUUUGGAAUUGACAAUGUGUUCAUGGUCUGUUUGGAUUCAUCUCAAAUUUCCAGGACCGUGCCUGAAUAUUCACAUGAUUUUAAAAAGUUGCAGAAACAUUCCACAAUCAGUUAAUUUUAAAACUAAAGACAGGGGCAAAUAAAACAUAUUUUUUAAAAGUAUGUUAAACUGCGUUUACUUUGUAGGUGGAGUCUUUAUGAAGGUAAAAGAUUAUUGUUCAGUGUUAUUUCUACAGCCAAGAAGUUAAAGUACAUAUGAAUAUUCUAUC